AUGUCUUCCUCACCCACCACCAGCACCCCCAACCUCUCUGCUUCCUCCAGCACGGUUGACCUCUCCCACUACGACCCCAAGGUCCGCAACCUGCUCGAGACCGGUAGCGUCAAGUUCCACAUUCGCACCGCUGGUGCCAAGUGGGAGUGCACCAUUGUCGACCGGAAUACCCAGUAUGUUUGUUGUUCUCAUCCAUCGCAUCUCUCAAAACCGCUCAACUAA